UAACAAACUUGGAACAUCUAUCUUUUUCCUCAAACGCCAUCACCUUUUUGCCAGAAAGAGUGUUUGCUAACUUGGGAAACUUGAACACAAUGUCUUUUUCAUCGAACGCCAUAUAUUCUCUGCCCGAGAAAGUGUUUAACAACCUAAUACUUAUUAACUUGGAUUUCUCCAGGAACUCUAUUACCAAUUUACCUGAGGGGUUGUUUGCAAAGGCGGAUAAAAUUCACACUAUCAAUCUUUCUUACAACCUCAUUACCACGCUGCCAGAGAGAGUGUUUGCUAACUUGUCAAAAUCACUGCGAUUUCUGGAUAUUUCCUCGAAUAAUAUUACCUCUUUACCUGAGAAAUUGUUUUCCAACCUAACAAAACUGGAAUAUCUUUAUUUAACUUCUAACCGCAUAGGCGUUUUACCUGAGGGAGUGUUUACCACCUCAACAAGUCUUCUGUAUCUAUUGCUAAGCCACAACCUUUUGGAAUACAUUCCACAUCAAGCCUUCUUCAAAUUGGAGCAGCUCCAGUUACUGGCACUUUCAUAUAACCCUAUUAAGGCAGUUGGGAAGGAAGCAUUUCGUCUUGGUUCUAGCGACCUAAACAUAUAUCUUAUACAGACAGAUUGGAAAGUAUUGACUUUCGAAUCCUUUGACAGGAUCAGGAUUGUUGAUAAUUUUGAACUUGUCGCAUGGAAUCGCACUCCAAGGACAGUGACAUACUAUUCACAACAAGCCUCUUACACAAUACAUAUAAAUCCACAGGCGGCUAAACCGAUUCAAAUGCCAGCCGGAUCAAUCUACUACCAUUUUAAACGCGCUCUGCUGUCCAUGGGGUUUACGGAAAUAUCUGAGGGAAUUUUUAUGCCCUGUCCGACAGGGACAUUUUCAAAAUUUUCAGGGGAAGAAAUCCAAAAGUGCGUGGAGUGUCCUCCUGGUGGAUUUUACUCAGAUACUCUUGGCUACGUGGCAGAAGGCUGUAAAAAAUGUCCCAAAGGUUCCUAUGUCGCUUACGACAAAAGGCCAGGAAAAUCAGUUUUAGAUUGCAAGACAUGCCCCCUCGGAACGGAAAGUGACUUUUUCGCUGGAUAUCGUGCUUGUCAAUGUUUGAUAGAACACUAUCGAACCCAUCUAUUUCACGGGUGUUACAAAUGUAACCAGAAAAGUGGACUGAUAUGUCAGGAUGAUUAUGCUUCAUUGAAACGUGGUCAUUGGUGGCAAUGGCGCAACGAAUCGUACAAAUAUCGUUACAAAGAUUUCAUAAAGAAUCUCCUGGCGUCAUUACCAGCUCUCGAUGAAUUCUCCGUGCAGUAUCCUCAUCCUAUUCCGACGCCGUACAAGUGUCCAGUGGAAGACUCCUGCAAAGGUGGUUUGGACUCAGAAUGCGCACUUGGAUACGAGGGCCCUCUCUGUGCAGUUUGCAGCUCAGGAUACUACAAGCAGUUAAAACCCUGCAUUAAAUGUCCUUCAAAGCCGUGGAUUUUGGGACAGAUGUCGGUGAUUGCUACGAUAGUAUUUUUAAUCAUUGCUUUUGCCGUGUGGAAGAGAAGGCAGAAGAGUGGGAGGACAAGAGGACAGUUUUUAAUAGACUCAAUCCUGUCCAAACUAAAAAUCGUCAUCGGCUUUUAUCAGGUUACGCAUGGCCUGCUCGAAGCAUUUUCCUAUAUUAAAUGGCCAGAUUCGCUUCAGGAUGUAGCAAAGUAUUCGGGGAUACUGCAAAUGAAUUUUCUUCAGGUUUCUCCCAUUCACUGUCUUUCCUCAGGAUUGUCGAUGGACGCCUUCGGAGAUCUGUCAUUAAUUCUUUCAAUUAAUGCCACUGUCAUCGCCCUAUCUUUUCUGGUUUAUGGUUUUCGCAAGGUAUGUAUCAUCAGAAACAGAAGCUUGGAAAAUGAAGAAAGGCUGAAUAAGAUAUCAGAGACCAAAGAACUUGUGUGCAGAAAUUUGUUUUUCUUUCUAUAUGUUACUUACCUGAGUACUUGCACAAAGACAGCUAAUGUUCUACCAUUCGCGUGCAGGAAACUCUGCAAAGAUGAAAAUGAAGAUUCGUGCAACGAAUACCUAAAAGCCGACUACAGCAUCAAGUGCCAUGGACCAAUGUAUAGCCAAUUCGAAAUUGUUGCCUACAUUUCAACUACUUACAUCUUUGCAUUACCAACCGCCUCAUUCAUCGCUCUCUGGAGACAUCGAAAAGUACUACCGACAUCAACAUCUGGUGAACCGGCCUAUGAUUCAGAGGCAGUUGCAGGAUUGCGCUUCCUUUUCGAAAACUAUAAAUCUCGUUCGUGGUAUUGGGAACUGGUUGAAACGUCUCGCAAAAUAAUCCUCACAUCAGUCCUCAUUCUAGUGGGACAACAGAGCAGAUCGUACAUUGGCUUGGCAUGGGUCGUUGCUGGAAUGUAUGGAGUCCUUUUCUCCUGGAUUAAACCCAUACAGGACUCGUUCGAGAACAGGUUGAUGACGACGUCCCUCGCCGUCACCGUUGUGAAUUUGGGUGUGGGAGCAGUGAGCAGGAUUCCGGUUGAGAAUGUUUCAAAGGAUUUCGACAUAAACACUGAUACCCUGGCAAUGAAGAUCUUGAUACUUGGAGCGAAUUCUCUGGUCCUUGGUCUACUUGUUGUCCAGUAUUUGGUAUAUUUGCAUCAGUACUUCAAUGAAUGGCGAAAAAACCCGCAAUGGUCUUUCUCGUGCUGCCUGGCUCUGCUUCUUCCUCUAAAUGACAUGCAGGGAGACGUUCAAGGUGUGGUUGGUACGAAUAUCCUUGACACCCAGCUAGAAACAGGAAUGAUAGACAAACCGUCCAUUGCUGAUUGCGUUCAAGAUAGCGGAGCCUUAAGUUUCGCUCUAGCCCCUGCAGAAGGCGAAGGCUAUCAUGUUGCUCAUUUGGAAUCACAGGAGCAAAUCCAUAUUGGUACGAGUAAGCGUAGCCUGGUAAAAUCUAAUCGUGGGACACAAACGGACUUGUUUACGCCAUCAGCGUAUGUUGUAACUGCACAACAAUCAUUUCAAGACACGUAUAUGUAGUAGACAUCUUGAUUUCAAAACCCUACGCGGGAAAAUAAUGUGACCUGCAGUUCAACCAAGACAUAAUUUACUCCUUUGUCUCAUGCUUAUUUAAUUUUCAUCUCACUCACUAUUUGCGCUCUGCAACAGCUUUUUGUAGACUUACUAUAUCAAUCCCCAGUUACACCGAAAUUAUAAAAAAUUUAAGAACAAAGGAAAAAAUGAGACACUCAAACAAACAAAAACAUAAACAAAAUGGAGUGGAGGUAGAAAAUAAGUGCGGAACGUACAGAAGCAUAUUUAGUAUUUAAGGUUUUGAGUUCGCAUUCAAUUAUGUGUUAUUUAACAAAGAGUCAGCAUCGAUUGUUUCAGUCAAGCUGAUGUUAAUUGUACAGGGCGACUUUUAACUUCUAUACUGUUAGUUAUUGCCAGGAGGCGUUGCGUAGCAGAAUGUGCAAAUAAUUACGAUACAAAUAAAAUCAGUAUUAUAGCUGUAACUUGGGGACUCGUUUAGAAAGAAUUCCUUUCCAGGGUAGGUUUUAAA